GUUGCAUGAAACUCUCUGUGGCCAUAUACACAUGAUCUUCUCUACGGCUAUUAUCGAUUCAUCUCUGAAAAUAGCUCCACCUCCUUCCUCAAAGAACGUGUAUAUAAUCCAAAUCCCACAAGGGGAAAAAAAACCCAAAAGAAUCAAAAAGAGAACAUACAAGAAUACCAAAUAAAGAGGAAGGAGAAAGGAGAGGGGAGAUCGGAAAAUGGGAGAAAAGGAAGAACAAGUGAAGCAACAUGGUGACAAAGAAGAGGAGCGAAAAGCCGAGAAAGAGGAGAAGAAGCACGAGAACGAGGAGAAGAAGGAUAAGAAGAAAGAUAAAGAUAAGAAGGAUAAGGGCAAAGAAGGAGAUCAAGAUAACGGCGAAAACGGAGGAGACGAUGACGAAGAGAAGAAGAAGAAGAAGAAGGAUAAGAAGAACAAGAAAGAGAAGAACCCUAAUGAAGACAAUAAGAAAGAUCCCGAGAAGCUGAAACUGAAACUGAAGAAGGUCGAAGACAAGAUCCAAGCUCUGGUCGUCAAGAAAGAUGAGAUCUUGAAGCUCAUCCAAGAGGCUGAACAAGCAAAGCCCGUUGAACCUGCAGCAGCAAGCUAAUACAAACAUUAAUAAAAUUAAAUAUAAUCUUACAUUUGAAUUGAGAUUCGAUAUAUAAUAUUAUAUAUAUAUAUAUAUAGUUUAGGGGAAAACUUGAAAGAAACCCCUUAAGAUCUAUAGGAAUGGAUCCAUGAGAAUCCUAAUAUUGUUUUUUGUUUGUUUGUUUGUUUGUCCAAAUAAGAUAAUAUCGAUGGCUGCUGUUAAUUGGUGA